UUCCAUGUUUGUAUCUUCAAAUUGAGAGCGGAGUUGAACUCCAUGUUGAAACAAAGUUACCAACUCCCUUUUAAAUGUAUAUAACUUUUAUUUGUAGAUUUUAUACCGGUCUGGUACGUKAUUGAAUAGCCGAGAAAUGUAAUCGUUUGGAUGCGUAAUGUAUUUAAAUACUGUUUGCGGUUAUGUAACUUUGUGCGCAUUUAUAAUUUAAUGUUCCUAGUCAGCGAACAAUCUAAAACGGAACAAAGUUUUUAGUUUCUAUUGUGGAUAAAGUCUGGUGUAAUGGACCACCAGUCCUCAAUAAUCACGCAAGUUAGUCGAGAUGAAGAGGCGAAUAGAGAGAAGGGUCCCCCACCCUCAUCGUCUAAGAAGCCCAGGAGUCGAGGCCUGUUCCACAGCCUCUUCUGCUGCCUAUGUCAUGACCAGGCUGAGCCCCCCCCGGUCAACAACAACGCCCCGCUACUGGUGGAGGAGAACGGGACUGUCUCCAAGGUCCAAGUCAGACCGCUGCUGCCUCAGGCCAAGUCAAAAGACGCAGGGAAGAUCUGUGUUGUCAUAGACCUGGAUGAYACACUGGUCCACAGCUCAUUCAAGCCGGUGAACAAUGCUGAUUUUAUCAUUCCCGUAGAGAUCGAUGGAACUGUUCAUCAGGUAUAUGUGUUGAAGCGACCUCACGUGGAUGAGUUCCUGAAGAGGAUGGGAGAGCUGUUUGAAUGUAUUCUGUUCACAGCUAGCCUGGCUAAGUAUGCUGACCCAGUGUCAGACCUGCUGGAUAAYUGGGGUGCAUUCCGCGGCCGUCUGUUCCGUGAGUCGUGUGUGUUCCACCGYGGGAACUACGUGAAGGACCUGAGUCGUCUGGGCAGGGACCUGAACAAGGUCAUCAUCAUAGACAACUCCCCAGCCUCCUACGUCUUUCACCCAGACAACGCUGUGCCUGUGGCGUCGUGGUUCGAUGACAUGGCCGACACCGAGCUCCUGGAUCUAAUCCCCUUCUUCGAAGGGCUCAGUAAAGUGGAAGAUGUCUACACYGUGCUCAGGCAACAGAGGGACUCCAGCUAGCAGUGCUGUCAGUCACCCUACCCCUCUACUACUGCCAUCUACAGGACAGACCGAGAACCGCGGCCUUAAAGCGUCUUCACACCAACCGUACACCCCCUCAGCCUACCGUCCACCAGAUCAACCACAAGACUUUCACCUCCAAGCCCACCCCUCUUCUUCAACCCUUCAGAACCACGCUAGUACUGCCCUCUAUUGGGGAAACAGAGGACUUGAUCCUCCAGAACACGAUCUACCAUCCCUCAACCACAGAUYGGCUUAUGUAGAUGGAUGUUGUGGGUUAUAAUGAGUUAGGUUUUUAUAAAGUGCCUUUCGUCAAAUGUCAUUGGAACAUACAGGACAGUCAAGUAGAGGGAAUCUACAGCGUUCUUCACAAUGAAGAAAAAACWUYUKGCAGGAAGGUAAUGGGAGAGAACCCCCAMGAUCCAAUCAGAAUCAGUUCUACAACGCCGGGUUGGAGUCGAUAAGUUUCCGGAAGACCGAACAGUUCUAGAACUCUGUAUGGAAAAGCAAAUGAUAGCUGUAUGAAUGGAUAUUUACUACUUUUAACACUUUAAUGUGUUUUUUUAUUUUAUUCACUUAUUCCCCAAGAGACAAUUUAAKAWWUUUAACAAGCAKAGUAUUGGCUUUGUGUAAGUCAAGUGGUUUUACUUCUUUCAUCGCUCAGCUAGUAUCAUAAUGACUAGCAGAAUGGGCAUCAGUACUUGUUAAGGGGGACGGAACCAUAGAGAAUGACAUUUAUCAGUUACUGCAGCUAUCAAAACGUUCCAUGUCCCUUAAUCGUAUUUGUUUAAUUUUGUUUUUUAUUAAAACCAUAGGAAUAUGUGCGAUAAUGUGCCAGAUAACAUUUAAACGGUUAAUGGACCCGUUUUCAUAACAAAUACAGUAGUCAGAUGACUGAACUGCACCUUAAAUUACAAUAUAAUCUUUUAGGAUUUUUUGGAUUACAUUGUCUGUCUGGGUUGAGGUCCAUAGUCCACAGACUAAAUGCUCCAGCUCAGACACAUGGACACAGUACCAGUCCCAGUCAAUGGCCUGGAAAACCAUUGGUAUUCUGCAAGAGGACCUGGAUAGGUGUUGGAAAAACAUAUUUAGAUUAUAUCCAGGCAAACUGUUGGUCGUCCCUUUGCUGCCGUAUCAACGCUACAUCCAUGGAGGAGGGCUGGGUGACUAUAGUGUGAAUACCGGUAUGGAUCUGCAUACCGCUAUAUAUUUUUACAAUAACAGAAUUUUGAUACAGUGCUAAAUUAAAUGAAAAGUUCUACAAAUUGGACUAGUUCACUGUCAGUUUUGUCCUGGUUUGGUUGAGUAUAAAACCAUCAGAAUGGAGAAAGCCCAUUUAAAAUCACUAAGAAUUGAUUUGUUGCCAUUUUAGGUCAUGCGCUAAUCAUUAAACACAUUUAGACAAAAAAUAUAUUUAGGCUGUAACGCCCAGCCUUACCAUGGAGGAAAGGUGUUGAGACAGUGUGUGUUAGCCAUCUGGUUUUGACAAGCACACUUCUCCCUCCUUUUACUGGAAACAGUACUUGAAUACUUUCUAUUUUUGAUGACCUCUUUUUAAAGGACUGCAAAUACUAUGCUUCUUUAUACCAGAUUGUAGGAUUUGGGUAGUUUGGUUUUUAAGCUUCUUAAGCUUCUGAUACAAGGUAGGACUAUAUUAAUCGCUACUUACCUGGGUUUGGAACAAUACAAUAAUUGUUAUUUGUAAGUAAAAACUAAGAGAUGGUCUAUCAGAAAGUGAGCAGGAAGAGUAGUUUAAUGGAUUGAGUGAUUCGUAUUGAUUGACACAGUUUCAUGAAUGCAUGGGGAAAAGCCACUGUUGGAGUUGACUAAAGGCCUACUAAAAUACCUUGUGAAAUAAGAUGAUUCAGAGUUUAAAUAACCAGUAGACCCAUGAUAAAUCUAUCAGUAUUAAGAAAUAGUACAUAAAAAAACAAACAUGUUUUACACAUUCCAACUUAAAACACUCACCAAGUGCCUGUGUCAAUCAAGUUAGAUACAAAAGACAAGACACUUUUAAAAUUGUAUUCAUCUUUUUCUUUUGGAAAGUGGGUUGGCCCUUUGUUAGUAUUAUCGAAAGGACGAACAGAAAUCACUGUAGUACAAAUCCAGAAUGUUGCGGGCUCUCUAACAAUGCAUUCAUGGAUUCACACACACACACACACACA